AAUUAACACCUGCUUCGGAUAUGUUGUCGCCGGGACUCUACCAGUUUCAUCUGGCAAGAUUUAUUCUUCUAAUCACUGUAUUAAUAUCAAAUGGCAUUAUGUAUGUACCAGUGAGAAUCCUGCGGAUUGUUUAUCUAGGGGCUUAUCACCUCAGUCACUCAAGUCCAAGUUGGGAGAAUUAUGGUUUAAUGGACCAGAAUAUUUACAUAAUUAUGAUUAUGUACAUUCAGAUGGUAAAGGUAAAAGUCAAGUAAUUACUAUUACAGAACUAAAAGUAGAGAAAGAAACAUGUAAUUUGUGUAAUAUCAAAAAUUCUAUGUAUGAUGUGUUAGAUAAAUAUUCUGACCUUGAAAAGCUAACCAGGAUUAUGUGUUAUGUAAACCGAUUUAUUUAUAAUUGCAAUGCAAAAAAUGUAAACAAGAAAAAGGGUAAUUUAUGUCCUGAAGAACUGAAUUCUGCCUUGCUUUCUAUUAUCAAACUUGACCAAGAGAAGCAUUUUAUGCAAGAGAUAAAGUCUUUAAAGUCAAAUAAUGUUUUAAAGUCCAAUUUAAAUAAUUUAAAUCCUUUCUUAGAUUCUGAAGGCUUACUAAGAGUGGGAGGGCGUUUACAAAACGCAGACCUGACUUUCAGUCAGCGUCAUCCUAUUAUCUUGCCAAAACAGUCUAAUAUUACUAGACUGCUCAUUCUAAAAGAACAUUUACGAUUGAAACAUGCUGGGCAGAAAUUAAUUCUCAAUAGUUUGAAUGAACAUUACUGGCUCCUUAAUGCUAAUAGGGAGAUAAAGUCUGUAUUACAUAAAUGUUUAAUUUGCUUUAAACUUAAAGCUAAGGCUGCUUCACAGCUCAUGGGCUCUUUGCCAUUGGAUAGGGUGCGAAUGUCUCGUCCAUUUCAAAUUGUGGGCACAGACUAUGCUGGACCCUUCUAUGUAAAACAGACUAGGGUUAGAAAUCCAGUCAUAACCAAGGCUUAUGUUGUCAUUUUUGUGUGUUUUACUACUAAAGCUAUCCAUAUAGAAUUAGCUUCCGAUAUGACGACUGAGACAUUUUUAGCUUGUUUGAGAAGAUUUAUUUUUAGAAGAAAUAAGCCCUCUAAGAUUUACUGUGACAAUGGAUCAUAUUUUAGGGGAGCUAAUAAUGUUUUAAAAGACUUAUAUAAUAUGCAGUCUUCCACAAAACACCAAAACGAUGUUAUAAAUUAUUGUAACAGUGAAAGGAUUCAAUUCCAUUUUAUUCCCUCUUAUUCUCCGAUAUUUGGUGGUUUGUGGGAAGCUGGCGUGAAGAGGAUUAAAUAUCACUUAAAAAGAGUAAUUUCAGAUACUGUUUUGACAUUUGAAGAAUUGUACACAGUCUUAGUACAAAUAGAAGGAAUAUUAAACUCUCGUCCUCUUACUGCUAUGUCUAGAGAUCAAAGUGAUAUGUCUUACUUAACGCCUGCGCAUUUUUUAACUGGAUCACCUAUUACUUCAUAUCCAGAAUUAAACCUGGUUGAUACUAAAGUAGGUAAACUUAGUUUCUGGAAACAGUGUAUGCAAAUGCAGCAGAAUUUUUGGAAGCAAUGGCAUAAGCAGUAUUUAGUAACUUUGCAAAAUAGACCUAAAUGGCAAAAUGUUCAGCCGAACUUGAAAGAAGGGAUGUUAGUCCUUUUAAGGAAUGAAAACGCUUCACCUUUGAAGUGGCCAGUUGGUAGAAUCAUUAAUGUCUUUCCAGGCAAAGAUGGAAGAGUUCGAGCUCUUGAUAUAAAAACAUCUAAAGGGUCUAUUGUUAAAACUAGUAUCAUGAAUGUUUGCCCCUUGCCUCUAAAUGAUUCCUAAGUAUAUAAUGUUUACUUAUUAUUAAUAGUUUUUAAGUAGUAUUAUUCAUUGAUAGAGAUAGAUAACUCUAUUAUUCAUGUAUCUUUCUUAGGUAUCAGUAUUACUUUCUAAAUUAGAUUUUUUGCUAGAGGGCAGUUUACCACUUAUUUUUGGUAAAAGUAUAAGUUUAUGCUUAGAUUAAGAUCUCUAGAAGUUCCUAAUUUAUGUAGUUUGUAAAAAUAUAUUUUGAAGUAGGUUAUUUUUUGUUUUACCUUUGUGUAACAUUAUGUAAACUGUAAGCUUGAUUUGACUAAAAGCAUAUUGAGUUAUAUACAUAUUUAAAAAUCUCUAGAAGUUUAUUAAUUAUUUUGAUUUAAACAUAACAAACAUUAUACCUUUAAGUAGAUUUUUUAUUAAAUUCAUGUUAUUUUCAUUUGGGAAAAUACUUAUACCUCAUAGUAGGAUUUUUAGGUUUUAUGAUUGUUAUUUAAUUGUGUAAGAGUAAAGUAGUUAAACUCAUUUUUUAUUUUCUCAAUUUAUACUUACCUACUAUUUGUUAGUGGAAACGUUCAUAAGUAACUUUUUGAUUAUUAAUGUAACUUUGUUUAUUGAUACUUUUUCAAACUUAGUGGUUGGUACUUACUUCAUUUAAGAUAAUUUUAAGUGCCCCCCCAAUCUGUUCAACCCGAACAUGUAUCCGAAUUCCAAAUAUGAUAUAAUCUGUGGUAGAAAAAAAAAAAAAGAAAUAAAACGACUUCCGGUUUAACCAUGUAACUAUAAUGGUGGUUUUAUUUUACUUCCACAAAAUUAAUUAAUUAAAAUCAGUGAAGUUCAUUAUCAAACUUAUCUUUGUGCU